GUGACAGUCUCGUCUGUAACGAUAACGUGAUACUAUUGUCCAAACUGCUCAUAAGAAGUACGAUAAUGCUAGACAAUAAUCUUUUAAUUACAUUUAUUUUACAUUUAAAUAAUCUAAGUAUUUAAAUUGCAGACAAGGAAAUUCUUAAUGAUAUGAGCGUCAGUUACGUAACGCGACGUCCGCCAAUGACAGGAGUUGGUAUGGUGCGUUAUGAAUAUUAAUAAGAACACGUGAUCGAAACUCCCGGAAGGUUACCAAAGCAACGUUAGCGUGAAUUAGUUAAAUAUUCAUGAGUUAAAACCACGGCCUCAUCCUUCAUAAUAAAAGUCGAAUCAAGUUUACCCAUUUCUAAAACACGAACAUAAAUCCGUAAUUGUGUCUAGACUUCCUGCCCCAGACCAGUCUAGAUUAAACCACAUUAACAAUAAAACGCAUACAAAACAACAGCGAACGGAAAGAAUGGUUUGGGAGCUGAGUUUGCGAGAUGGCCUCGCAAAACUAGUACAAUGUGGUUUUGCACCACCAGAGGGAGAACUCGAAUUACACUGUAGACCAGACCGAAGCGGAUUAGACCGGAAUCUGUGUCGUUCAGUCCAGUGUUUUGAAACGAACGAAAUGGUCAAGUGGAAAGCGCAUCGAAAUGAAAAAGUGUCCCUUCUAAUAGCGCCUUUCUUCUGAAUUAUGACACACAGCUGCUGAAAAUAUUAAUUUCAAAUUGUUUAAACUUGAUUGAAGUUGUAAACCAUGGAAGCGCUUUGGUCCAAGAGAAUCGAAGACCCUCUUUCAUUGAUGAGUUUCAUCAUUCCACCAUCAAGAUUACUGUCUGCAGCCAUGUGGCAGGUGACUGAACAGAGACAGGUGAAGCACUAUGGGAUGCUGGAGGAGUUUGUAACCAUGGUGACAGAGACUCUGCCAGAGCUUCUCAAUUACAGUCAAAGAACUCAGCUGAUAUUUGGCUUAAGAGCAAGGCGUCUUUUGGAGUUGUGUCGUGGUAAAUAUCAGGUUGACCUGGAAGAUAUUCAGCCUCACCUGGAUCGAAUCCAUGCUCCUCGUGUCAUCAGUGCAGUCAAUGAGGUGGUUGAUGAAGACAUGGAGGAAUCUGAGGCCUGUUUCUUGGGCCUCAUUCGGACCCUUAUCAGCAACCCUGAAGAGAGAGAGAAUUUCUUCCAGAACAUUUUCCCAGAAGAAUACGGCCCCAAGUUUGACAAAAAUCUACAGACACUUAUGGAAGACUUCCUCUUGCAGUUUGAUCGGAUGAUGUCAGUCCCAGACCUUUCACAGACCGUCUCUUGGCUCAGGACCUGCCCGUCUCUUCUGGAGCAAUGCCUUCAUUCAGUUUCGGUCCCAAAGCAGAUGAAGACGCUGCUUGAACAUCACAGAACUAAUGGAAAUCUUCAGGACAAUGAGUAUGUUCACUCUGCUUAUAACAGCUGUACAUUUUCAUCUCAAUCUCUCCCUCCGCUGGUUCGGGUCGUCAUUUCCAGCGAUCACACAGAAUCUGGUGACCCGUCUGAAUCGGUAGCAGAUUUAGAUGGUCAAGACAAAGAUGAAUGCCACACUUCAAAAAACUUGUCUGAUACCGAUACACUCGGCUGGAUGGUUAAAAAGAGAAAAUUCAAAGUAGAGAUAGAGGAAAGAGAGGAUGAAGAGGAUGAUGAUGAUCAGAACUGGCCAAUCACAGGUGCCGGGUCUAGUAGAAAGAGCAACGGUUGCGUUGACAGCUCUCUUGGUGAAGAGCUGAAUCAGACACACACCAAAAAAAACUCAAAAAAGUCCUCUAAAAGGAAGAGAGACGACAGUGCAGAUGUGUCCAGAGAGUUCACAUUUAUCGAUCAUUUGGGUGCAUACACAGGAGAGUCUUCCUAUCAGACCUCUGAUGCUUCAAAAGUCCCUUGGUCAGAGGAGGAAACUCUGUGCCUCAUUGACAUAUGGGGAAAAGACAGCGUCCAGCGGAGUCUAAAAGACUGCGCCCGCAACCGACACAUAUUCAACCUCAUCUCUAAGAAGAUGUUCGAGAGAGGCUUUACCAGAACCGCAGAGCAGUGUCACACCAGGAUAAAACGCCUGAAAAUGAGCUUUCGACAAUGCCAUGAAAACAUUGUGAAAGGAGAGAAACCGGAAUGGAAGUUCUAUAAUGUGCUGGAGAAAAUUCUGUGCCGUAAAGAAUCUACAGAGCAGGAAGACACUAUUACUGAUGUCAGCAUUCCAGAAGAAUCCUCAGGACAGCAGGCAGAAGACACUGACUGGGAUGUUCUCGGUCACGUCGGACUAGAGGGCACCAGGAAUAUCCCAUGGACAGACCAGGAGACGCAAACUCUCAUCAGGAUCUGGGGAGAGGACAAAACCCAGCGAGAGCUGAGAGGGGUUCUCCAGAACGGACACAUCUUUGCCAUGAUCUCAAAAAAGAUGGCCGCUCACAGUUACAUCCGAACAGCAGAGCAGUGUCAAAGUAGAGUGAAAAGACUGAAGCUGUGUUUCAAACAGUCUUACGAGAGUAAACACACUGAGGGCAAAGAGCACGUAGAAUUUAAAUUCUAUAAACAGAUGGAGAGAAUUAUGGCUAAUGAAGAGCCAUGCUCAUCACAGAUCAAAGAGGAGGACUCAACGGACAUUGAAUAUCAGGUGUACAAGUACCAGAAUAUAGAAACGGCAAUGAACUGCAUGGACGAUAGAAAGAAGGUCGCCUGGUCCGAUGCCGAGACAGUGAUUCUCCUCCAGUUAUGGGGUAAUGAGCAAGUCCAGCAGAACCUUCAACGCUGCCCUCACAAUGGACACAUCUACUCAGAGAUCUCAGAGAAACUGAAUGCCCAUGGAUACCUGCGCUCCGCUGAGCAGUGCCACACCAGAAUCAAACGACUCAAAAUCAGCUACAGGCAGUGCAGGGACAGCAUGAGUUCACCUGAAGCUGAACGUGUAGAAUUCAAGUUCUAUGAUCUGAUGGAAGAUAUUUUUCGAAGGAAUGCUUCCUCCAAAGUGUCCGGAGAUAAUGAAACCAACAAUGGCAUCAAAUCUGAAUCCCAGGACAUCUGCGGCAGUUUUAACCAGACGGCAUCCUGGUCAGACUCUGAAACUGUAGCUCUAAUAGACAUUUGGGUGGAAGAUGAGGUGCAGGAAGCCCUGAGAGGAUCUGACCAUAACAUCCACGUGUUUACUGAUAUAGCAGAGAGAAUGAACAAUCAGGGAUUCCUAAAAACACCAGAGCAGUGCAGAUGGAAAAUCAAGAACCUGACAAAGAAUUUCCAACAAUGUUACGAAAUGAAAAAAUGUGGCAUGGAGAACGUAGAUUGCAAGUACUAUGAUAAACUGGAGCAGGUUCUGGGUGAUGAGGCCUUUUCCAUGUUUGUCUACGAUGAAGAUGAUAAAGAUGCAGAAUACCAGCAGACAGCCAUGGUAGCCGUAUCUGAAUCCGGCAGGAAGAUGACAUGGUCAGACCGGGAGACACAGGCCUUGCUGGACAUUUGGGGUGAUGACCGUGUGCAGCACAGCCUCAUGUCCUGCCCAAAAAACAGGCACAUAUACAGAUAUAUUUCAAAGAGAAUGAUGGCACUGGGUUUCAACCGAACAGGCGUGCAGUGCCACUCUCGUGUGAAAAGACUCAAGUCCCAGUUUUACUAUGAUGGGGAGGAGUGUAAAUUCUAUGAUCAGCUGGAAAAAAUUAUUUUAAAGGACAGAACAUCUGAAGGCCAGGACAUCAGUGAGCUGGAAUCCAUAACGGAUUCUGAUUCAGACUCCCUAGCUCUCUCCAAACCUCUCACUGCGGAUGGGCCGAAGCUGGCAUGGGGUGACAGUGAGACACACACUCUUAUAUCCAUCUGGGGGAGUGAUGCCACCCAGGAGAGGCUGAAAGGCUGCAUCAAACGCAAACCUGUAUUUCAGCAGAUUGCACUCGCCAUGGCCGAGAAGGGCUACAGCAGGACAGAUGAACAGUGUCGCUCCAGGAUCAAAAGACUGAAGGCCAGUUACCGCCAGUGCCUUGACAAUUACAGAAAUGUAGGGGAGCAGGUGGAGUGGAAGUUCUUCAAACAGCUAAAUAAAAUAUUUGAGAAAUACCCUCUAGAUGAUGCCGAAACCACCAUGGAUCAGGAGCCAGAGGCAGCUGGGAGAAAAAAACACUAGCAGGUCUGCAAAAGCACAGAGUUCAGGUGAAUCUGAUUUGAAAGGUGUGAUUUUCACCAAGAAGAACAGCAAAAAUAACGUCCACAUAUGACAGGGGCAUCAAAAUACAAAUGGAAAUUUAGGAGAUUUUAUUUUAACAGAAAAUUUACCUACAUCAACUUUAAUGUCAAAUGUUAAUGCAAAUGUACUAGGAAAUAUAUGGUUGAAGAAAUAAAAACACUUGUUGC